AUGAAUUUCUCUGGGAACAACAUUAUCCAGGGAGCUCUCCCACAGUUCUCGGAGCUAACGUCUGGAACGAACACAAUCCCCACGUCGAAAUUCACCAGUGGCGAUAAUACCGUUCACAUAGAACACGCGUCUGUUUAUACCACUGCCGCUGGAUCGAAUCAGAUGAAACAAACUCUGUUGAUGAAUUCAGCAAACAAAUACACAGGACCAAUAAUCGCCUGGCCAGAUCCGAAUACAUUGAUGCAACUCUGCGAAAAGCAGGGCAUUCAAGCCAUUAACAUUCCUAAUUAUAAUCAAAAUAAUUCUAUCCUUACUGUUCAAGCGAACAGUUUGCCAAUGAGGAUCAUACCCAACAUGUACUUGCCUUCAACUUCGCAGCCAGAGAACGUUAAACACGAGUUAGAAGUAAGAACAGAGGGUGAAAUGAAAACGUCUACUAUGCAAGAUUCGCAAGCUCAACUCCAACAGCAAAGUGCCAUGGCAGAGUACUUCCAAAAGUUGCAGGCUACUACGCUUCCAUUGACAUUGCAACAGCUAAUUAAAUUCCAAACAGAACAAACUAAGAAAGAUAAGACCGAGGAGGAGAAGGUGGAACAUACACAGAACAAUAUUCUCAACAUUCCCAGUGUUCCGGUGUUCAGAAAUACUCAGUUACAAAAUGGAAAUACUUUCAUGAAUUCCGAUCAAAUGAUGACGACCAUCAAUCCAAACGACCUAAACGUACACAUAGAGAACCAGCAGGAAAAUGAUAACACGACGGUGCAGAGUAUAAAAGUCGAACAACAGCUGCAGACAGAUUCACCUAAAACUGAGAAAAAAAUGAAAUUCAGGGCUAAAACUGGAGAGAUCAAAAUCAGCGUUGCUUUGGAUGGUUCGACACUUUAUUGCUGUCCCGAGUGUAACCUAGCAUUUCCAGAUAAGACAGAGAUCGAACAGCAUAUACAGGCUCAUAUACAAGAACGGAAGUAUCAGUGCAAGGAAUGUGGCGCGAUGCUAAAAAGAAAGGAGCACCUGGAUCAACAUAUGCGUGGUCACUCGGACGAAAGGCCGUUCAAGUGUCCCGUGUGCCAAAAAGCGUUCAAGAGAAACGAACACCUAACGAGGCAUUACGUGAUUCAUUCUGGCGAUAAGAAUUUCACGUGUUCAGUAUGUCAGAAGGCCUUCUCUAGGAAGGAUCACUUGAACAAACACACUCAAACUCAUUUAGGGAUCAGACGCAACCGAAUUAAGAAAGAAUCGUUUUUCAUGGAACAGAAAGAUUCUUUCGAAAAGACUAGCGAAGUUUCCGCAUUGCCUAAACAAGAAGUGAACUUCGUACUGAAGGACGGUUUCGUGAAGCAAGAACCGAAUUUCCUUCAGUACAUUCAAAAUCUGCAGAAAGAUCAAAAUUUGAUUCACACGUUUUCCUCGUUCAAAGAACAGGCUAUGAAAGAAGCGAAUAUUUUGCAACAGCAAGCUGUCAAUAUGAACGAAAUUUUGCCUCAAAAUACAAGGUACUUAAUGCCGUCUUAGUCAUAAAUCAAUUUCGCGCGAGUCCAAAGCAAUAAAGGCUGUUUACGAAGUGCGUCGAGGUUAGCACAAAUAGAAAAUUCGUUAGACACGUUAGGAAUUGGAGCAUACCUUAGAACUCGAAUUUGAAUCUUUAAAACGAAAACAAUUGGGAGAGCACUACGAGAGUAAGGUGCAAUUUAAUGAAUUCUCUCGAAUUCUGACAAAAAUGAUCAGUGACUUGGUCAUCAGUGAUUUUGUUCCGACAGACUAUGAAUCUUAGCCUGUUUUUUGUUCUGUGAAGAAACAAAAUUGUACAUUCGAAUCCGAUUAGCAUUUAGUUUGCCACGAGGAGUACCUUACGCUGAAGUAAGAACUAAGAACUAUAAUUAACUUUCAUUCAGAGAUGGAGACGAUUUUAUUCGAAUAAUACGUAACGAAUGGAGUUGGUUGUUAUUUGACCAAAAUUUUGCCCAUCUCAGAUUUCAUUACUUGCAUGAGAUUGAUACUUAAUUCCUCGAGAUCGUUUGCUGCAUUGGCAGCUUGAACAAGUCUAAUACCGAUUUGGUACUUGAAACAAGAGGAAACAAGUUAUCUGUGUACGUGCGCGCCGUCUGUUUUAUUUAAACUAGCUUUAAAGCAAAUAGUUUGUUUACUGAUUCUAGUCCAUGAUCACAACAAUUAAGAUUAAAUACCUCGCACGCGAACAGUGAAUUCACGUUUUGCGUGGGUUUUUGAUCUAGCAUGGAAUACAAUUUGGAUCGUGAUGUACGAUCGAUACUGCUGAAUGAUACAUAUAAAGCCAAUCUGCCAUUAGGAUAAUGACUUCUUGGAACGAGUACCAAUAGCAAUUAAUAGAAUACUGCCGAUAAAUGCUAUACAAUUUGUAGAAUAAUUAUGUACAUAAAUACGAUACAAAUUUUACCUGAAGGAGACUCAAUAGGUACGUUGUUUAAACUUGAUCUCUGAUUCGUCCGUGUUCAUCUUUAACAAGUGCUUAGCGCGUAUUUUUAAGUAAUAAUUCAUCUUCACUCGUUCAUACUUUAGCGUAUGUUUUUUUUUUUUUAACUUUUUCAUGCACGAAGUAUUUUGAAAAGGUAUUCUUUAUAAAUAUAGUUUUCGAUAUCUUUAUUCUAACUCUUUUUUUAUGAUUAACAUUGUCUAUUGUAAGGAAUCAUGGUACGAUUUUUUUUAUAUUUCGCUUGCAUUGGUACAUCUAAUGCAAAAGUAUCGUUCGACGCUGUAUAAUAUUUCAGUACUCAUUUGUCUUGAUAUGAUGAAAUGAGUCUUUUUAUAAUCAGUAUUAUAUAAUUUUCAGUGUUCCCAUUAUUUUUACAUCGAUUCGAUAUUUUCAUCAUGUGUAUAUUAUUAUGCAUGAAAAAGUUAAACUUUCUAUUGACAUUUGAUACAAAUCACUGUUUAAAAUCUCUUUUUAUUACGCAGCUCGUUUUUUUUUUGUAUUCACUCAAACAUUCUAUGAACGUAAAUAAAAAGAAUAAAUUGCUCAAAAUUAAUUUCGAAAAUAUUAGGAAUUUUUUCCAGCUACUGUAGAACGAAAAAUUUGUGAUUAUGUUGACAAUGACUAACAUCUUUCAGACUUUCUUUUUUAGGUGUACUAAUGAGAUUAGAACGAAUAAUUGCGGAUGGCACUAAGAUAAGACUCAUGUCGCGUCAUAAUAGAACCAAAGACUUUGAUUGUAUGAGACAUAACAGUAUUUUAUCUCUUCUUCCUAAACUUUUUUCAAUUGUCAGAUUUUCUGGACCCAUGAUAGUCGGCGACGAAUCGUUCCCUAAAAUUUGACUGGAUUUCCGGAUAUUGGAAUUCCUUUAAGUGGUUUAAUAACCGUGGCGCUCGUACCUCACUAUCCUGGGCCGAGAAAACAGCGUUUACCCUUUUCAAUAAAAUUAAUUAGACGUUUAAGAUACUGAUGUUCGGAAUCAUGGCCACCCGAGUGAGCAUCAUACGUAAGGCGAUACAAUGAUAAAAUAUUUUAGCAAUGAAUACGCAUUUACAAGGUGUUACUCGAUGAACGAUUGUUACUGUAUGAUACAAUGAUUGCCAAAAAGAUGAUGAACAAAUGGUAACACAUGUAUUUUUCAGACCAAGAUAUUUUUGAAUAAAAUAAGUGUAAAGAGAA